UUCUCUCGAGUCAGUCGAGGAGGAAAUUCGAGGGAAUGCGCAGAUCCACCGCGCAACACGUAAGGCCGAUCCUCUUUUCGAGUUCGAACGGCGUUGUGCGCGUUUGUACGAAUCACACGUAGCGGCCGAUUGGCACACGCUGGUUAAAUUCGUGGUUCCUGCUCCACCGUGUAUUCGAUCGAUCGCAUCCACGCAUCGAGCAACGCGAUCCCGGCCGGGCCCCAGGAAAAUUCUUUCCCCGGGAGCGGAUUCCCCGUGGUCUGAUGAAGAGAAUCACGUGAUCGUAACCGGUUCGAUAAUGCGGCCGAUUGGUUGGACGUUGGCCUGCGCGUUGCUCGCCGCUACUUUUCCAAAACGUGCAAUCCUGCCAGGCGUGCAGAGUGUUGGUGUCGCUACGUCGUCGUAUCAGCGUGAAGCUGGACGAGCCAAUGUCACUAAAUCGCUGUCGAUCAUAUCCAAGGACGCGAGCGUGGAUCCCGAUAUCCAGGGGCUGAGCUGGUUCAUCGAUGACACACUCGUUGGUGGAUGGAACGAGGUUCGAGAAAAGACGAGCAGACAAGCUCGAACGUUUGGCCAUAAGCGAAUUCAAUUUAUGCUGAUGCCGAUGAUGUACAAAAUGGGAGUGAUGAUGACGAUGCUGACUGUAUUAACGAUGAUCUCGCUGAAGGGAUUGCUCAUUGGUGCCAUAUUACUGAUGCUAAAACUGAGCACGAUAAUAGCCAAAUUCUCCUCCGGUUGGCAGCACGACGCACAACAUGCUCACGCUGCUCAACCGAUCCACGUGCACGUACACAAUAGCCUACCAGUCGCUCACAAUCAAGCGUACAGCGGCUGGAUGUCGGCAAGCGGACCAGAAGAUAUGGGAGAGCAACACUACUACUACAGAGGAUGAAUUCCUCUGACGAUAGCCUUCUCUCUCGGAAGCUGUUUCUUCGAUCGUUGGCCAUUCGAACGAGGCUAUCGCACUUACCACGAUUGGCGAUUCACGUUCGAGAGAACUAGAACGAUCGCGUUGCGGUUUUCGAGCAAACGUCGACGAUACCAGAGCGAACCAGAGCUCAGUCUCUCGCGUACCAAAGUUCUGUUUAAGUAUUCUGAAAAUAAGACUGGCUCGUGUCGUGUCGUGUCAAACGGAACCAAAAUUGCAAGCCCGUACGUUUAAGCAAUCUCAGGUUUUACCUUAAGCUAGCGAUAAUGUUUAUUUAACUUUGUAAAGAAGCUACGUACGUCUCUGCUCCUAUUUAUACGAAACCCAUGUACCAUCGUAGAAAUGUAUUUAUUAAAUCUUUUCUUUUUUCGGAAA